AUCCCAGCAUCAACCAGGUGGUUGGUAUCAAAAGGUCGUACAAAAGAAGCUGAGAAGAUUUUACGUAAAGCUGCUAAAGUGAAUAAAGUAGAACUUCCCGAUGAAUUAUUCGAUAAAGAUUGCUUGGAGAAAGAACCACGAGUAAAAAUUUGGGAAAUGUUUACAUCACCCGUCUUAGUUAUCAGAUCUUUGAUUUUAUUCUUUAAUUGGGCAGUAAUUUCUAUGGUAUAUUAUGGUUUGAAUUUAUAUAUAUCUAAUCUCAGCGGAAAUAUUUACAUCAAUUUUACUAUAUCAAAUAUUGUAGAAUUUCUAGGGUAUUGCUCUGUAUUAUUAUUUGCUGGGAGAAUUGGUAGAAAACCAAUCUUAUGUAGUGGUAUGGUUGUUGGUGGAGCAGCCUGUGUACUCUCAAUAUUUCCAGUACUGUAUGGAAAUUCAGGUGAGUGA